AUGACUACAUUAGCUCGACAACGAUGGCGUAUGCUGGGCGAGGUUCUUCUAAGUAAAAAUCUUGAUUUAUCUUCUGAACAUGAAGAUAUAUCUGUGAUGCGUUUUAAAACAUAUGGAUUAUAUGUACGAAGUUUAUUAUCAUCACAUGAUCAAGAUGAUGGAACAUGGUGUCAAAUUGAAUUUCCUUCAAUUGAAGAUAAUCAUUCAAAUAUUCUUUCAUUAGAUAUUCGAUUAUGUUCAAGUAAAAUAGAUUAUGCAGAUCUAAUGGGAUUUAAUAAUACUGGAAAUACUUGUAUAUGGCCGUCGGAAGAAGUUCUUGCAUUUUAUUGUUUAAAAGAAAAACAAAUUUUCGAAAAUAAAAGUGUUUGUGAACUUGGUGGUGGUAUGACAUGUUUAGCAGGUCUUGCUUUGGCUCGGUCAAUAUCACUGAAUGAGCUUGUUGCUACGGAUGGAAAUGAAAAAAGCAUUGCCAAUUUAAAUGCGAUUUUAAAAGCAAAAAGUAAUGAAAAUAAUUGGUUAUGUCCCAUAGAAUCUCAAGUACUUAUUUGGAGUCGACAAUUAAAUGAUCCAAAAUUAAAAGAACGUUUUGAUUUUAUUAUUUCAGCUGAUUGUUUUUUCUUUGAAGAUCUUCAUCAUGAUCUUUGUCAUACAAUUUAUUAUAUGUUAAAAGAUUCAGGUGUUGCAAUAAAUUUUGCUCCACAUCGUUCAAAAACUUUAAAUAAAUUUCUUUCAAUUGCUGAAACAUAUCCAUUUGAAUGUCGUGUAUUUGAACAGUAUGAUAAUGAUGUUUUUAAUAAACAUUUACAAGCCCAACAAAUCAAUAAAUCUUAUUCAAGUGAUCUUCAUUAUCCGAUACUUGUCAUAUUACGUAAACUUCCAGCAAAAAUGAAAUUAUCACGUCAUAAAUUUAUUCGUCGUAUUCUUAAUUAUUAUCGAACACAUUUUAAUAUUGAAUAUCCAUUUCUUAUUUUAAUUGAUGGAACAUUUGCAUUUGAAGCACUUCAAUGGAAAAUUCAAAUUGAUGAACAAUUAAAAGCAUAUUUAGAAACUGAUCAAAUUAUUUGUUCAACUACUUUAUGUGCUAUUAGAGAAACUGAAUUAUUAGGUGGAGUUGCGUUUGGUGCAAUGUUAAUAUUAAAACAAUAUGAAAUAGUAAAAUGUGAUCAUUAUCCAUCAAUAUCAGCUGAAAAAUGUUUUCAACAAGUUUUAAUCAAAGAUAAUACAAAAAAAUAUUUUCUCGCAUCACAAUCAUUAUCAUUACGAGAAUAUAGUCAUGAUCGUCGUCCAGAUUUACCUACAAUGUUAAUAACACAUAAUGCAAUAAAUUUAGAACGUCCAUCAUUAAAUACUCGUUCAAUAGUUGAACAAACAAAAAAAGAACGAUUAGGUGUUAGUAAACAUGAUUCAAAUAUUUUAAAGAAAAUUAAACAUGAACUUAAUCUCGAUGAAAAUGAAGAUAAUGUAACAAAAAAGAAAAAGAAAAAACAUGGAAUUAAUCCAUUAUCAGUCAAAAAAAAGACAAAAAAGAAAUCAAUUAAUAAUAAUAAUAAUAAUACUGUAGUAAAAAAGAAAAGACGUCGGACAAGACAAAUAAGAAUGUCA